AUGAAGUCACCCCAUAGCAUUGAUGUCUAUGAAUUGCAAUUUAAAAUUGAUGAAAAACUUCAUGAAAUUAAAAAACGAAAUAUUCAGCCGAGAAAUUCCAGCACCAAAAAUAAGGAUGAUGGCAAAGUAAUGCAUUAUGUGAAAUGGAAUGCAAUUAAGAGACGUCUGCAAAAACCAAAGGAAACGAGCAAAGAUUUGGUAGUCGUGAAGCCCCAGAGAAAGGUUGAGGAUUUAAUGGAUAUUAUUAAUCGUAUAAUACUGUUGGAAAAGUCUCUCAUAGAAUUGAGUAAAAAUAUCAGCAACUAUCGGCGCCUACAAAUGGGUUGCAUAUUCUUUCAAUGUUCCCUGUCCAUUGUAUUCAAUGCUUAUAAUUUGGUUGUAUUUCUUUUGAAAAUUGCUAAUGGAGCGGAUGAUGUACCUUUGUCUCUUUUCAUGCUUUUAUUUUUCUAUGGUUAUCAUAUCAUAACUUCGCUGGCUGAUGUUAUUGUCAGUAUUAUGUCUUAUAAUGGGGUCUUUGAGACUAUACGAAAAACGGCCAGUCAGGCAGACGAACUAAAUAUGUAUAUUCUAGAUGCUGGCAUUAAUGCGAGGAUCUCCCAAUUAUCUACAUAUGUCUACAACAAUUUAAGAGUUUUUACUCUAUAUGGACUUUACAAUUUAGACGGCUCUUUGAUAACAUCUAUUUUAGCCGGCACCACAACAUACAUUAUCAUACUAAUCCAAUACAGUGGAGAUGGUGAAAUUUGUAAAAAUGCAGACAAUUUGCAUAUGGACGCAAAUCAAAAUCUAACUUAA